CAUGUGAAUGCCAGUCACUCCCCCAUAAAAAGUUCCUUGCUUUUAAGCCCUAUUUGUGGUUCUUCCUCUCACAUACAUUCUCCCACUCUUUUUCUGUUUUCCAUUUUUGACAACCUUAUCAUUCUCUUUCUCUUAAUUCACCUUCUCUCACAAGACCAAAUCAAACACCAAACAUACUUCUCCAUCUUUCACCCAUGACUACCGAGGUUACUGUAGCCGAUCAUCCUGCUCUCCAUGAGGAAGUCAGCAAAGCGAUCGAUGGAGAUCAUGUGAAAGCUGUUGAACAAGAGGUUGAAACUCACAAUACCGAAGAAGUGAAAGAUUCACCAGACGUUAUUACUUCGUUAGCUGAAAAGGAAGAGCCAAAGAUCGAAGACACACCAUCUCCACCAACCGUUGAAGUGCCUGUAAUUGUAACUGAAGAAACAUGCAAGGAAACCAUAACUGAACCUAUUACUGUUGAAGACGUGAAGAAGGUUGAAGAGGAAGAAACCCCGAAAACUGAAGUGAUCGUUGAGGAUAUAAAAACCGAAGUUCCAGCCGUUGAAGCAGAAGAAAAGGUCACUGAACCCAUUGAAGAAGAGGAAAAGGUCACUGAAUCCAUUGAAGCAGAAGAAAAGGUAACUGAACCCGUUGAAGCAGAAGAAAAGAUAGCUAUUGUUGAAGCAGAAGAAAAGGCAAUUGAACCCGUUGAAGCAGAAGAAAAAAUAACUGAACCUGCUGAAGUAGAAGAAGCAAAGAUUGAAGUAAUGGCUACCGAUAACGAAACCAAAGUGCCUUCAGUUGAAGUAGAAGAAAAGAUAACCGAACCUGUCAACAUUGAAGAAAAGCCAACCACUGAGGUGGCGGCAGUUAAAGAAACCCCAGUUACUGAAGUUGAAUCGGAAGAAAAGAAGGUUGAAGCAAUAUCGGAAGAGAUAAAGACCGAGGAGACUAAAGAUGGCGUUGAAGAGGUGGUGCCGGAGACUGCUGAGAAAGAAAAGGAAUCGGUGGUCACCGGAGAGACUAUCCCAGAAGCAACCGCUGAUAUUUCUGAAAAGAACGAAGAGGUGGUGCCGGAGAUCGCUGAAAAGAACUUAGAUGAACAAGUGACUGUGAAAGAAGCAGUUCCUGAGGUUGAAGACAAGAAAGAAGAUGAUCCAGUAGUUCCAAAAGUAGACUCGGUUCCUGCUGAUGAGAUUGCUAUGAAGAAACAAGAGGAUUCUGAUAUUGUUGAAAAGAACGUAGAUGAACAAGAAGUUGCGAAAGACUUGCCUGAAAUUCCUGAAACUAAAGAAGAACCGAAAGUAGUAGAGUGUGCUAAAGAAACCGAAACUGUUGAAACAAAAGAGGUCCCUGAAGAUAAAACAACUGUUGUCGAACCAAUUAAUAAAGAACUUGAAUCCGCUACAACUGAAGCGCCAAAAGAAAAUGGAGUUGCAAAUGAAACUAAAGGAGAGCAAGGUGCUGAAGCCAAUGAAACUGCAUCAAAAGAAGAGAAACCUGUUGAUGAAACAAAAUCAACUGAAUCUGCUCCUAAAGAAGAAGAGAAAACUACCCAAAAGCCAUCGAUUAGCAUAAUGGGGAAGGUUAAAAAGUCGUUCAUGAAAGCGAAGAAAGCUAUCACUGGGAAAAAUACCACGAGUCCAAAGACUCCGGUUCAGGAAACUAAAGAAGAGGAGAAGGCUUAAUUAAUCCUCCAAAACGGGUGGAAAAAAGGGAGAGAAUGUGGUAUAAUUGUUUGUUGUGUGAGUACAUUUUUUGUGUCUGUUUGUUUUUUGUCUGACGUUUGGUGCCUAUAUAACUGGCUUGAAUUUGUUUAGGAAGCAUGCAUGCUAUCUUUUGGUGUGUAUAAUAGUUGGAGGUUUUGAUUUGGGUUUCGUCAUUUGUAUAGGUUCGUCUUAUUCUUUUUAUUAUUGUCGAACUUAUUGUUUGGUCAUAUACUCAUGUGUUGGUAUUGUAAUUAUAAAAAGAUAUUGAAUGUGAAU